AUGGAAAUGACUCUUUUGCAUGACCUAAGCUUGAUUCUGUCUGUUUUAUUUCUAUUCCUUCAUAUAAGCCCCCCAUAUUCUUUUCUGCACUGUAUACAGACUUCUCUUCCUGUUGAAGAGAUUAUAAAGGCCUUGGCAAAGAUGGGGUUUGAGGUAAUGGCCUCUGAUGAUGCUGGUCGGUUUGUUUGCAAUUAUGUGUACUACCAUUCCCUGCAUUUUGCUGAGCAGAAUGAGAUCCAAUCACUCUUUGUACACGUGCCUCUCUUCUUAACUAUAGACGAGGAGACCCAAAUGCAUUUUGCUGCUUCCUUGUUGGAGCUACUUGCCUCUUUAAGUUAG